AUGAUGCAGCAGCAGGGCUCGCGAAAUUUCGUGAGCAAGGAUGAAUUGGAAGCGAAGGAUUACAUGGAGGAGCACCGAGUCUACGAGCUGAUGGAUUUCCUAGCGUGUCACGUGUCGAAGGAUAAACCGCACGAGCCGAUCGAGUACCUGUACGCGCUGCUGGAUCGCUGCCUGCUCUUCCGCUGCGGCCUUGUCGAGGCUCCGUUACUCUUCAGUCGCAGAUUCAUCGAGAACAUGUGCAGGCGUUUCGAUCCAGAUAAUCUCGGGCAUAUUUCAUUGGACCAGUACGCCAAGGGAAUGGAAAUUCUGGGGAUCAAAAAAUACAAUAAGCGCCCGUUGCUUUGCAGAAGUGCGAUAGAUUGUGUGAGCUGGGACACUUUCAUUGAGGAAGCGUAA